AUGACGAUUGAGUCUGGAGAAGGAAUGACGUACUUCGUGCCCAUCGUUGACGGCUGUCCUUUGCAUCAGUCAACCUUCCACAUGGACAUUGCGGGCCAAGACCUAACCUUGUACCUCCUACGUCUGCUGUCAGAAAGUGGGCACUCGCUGGUGAGCACAGCUGAUCGGGAGUGUGUGCGGGACCUGAAAGAGAAAAAUUGUUUUGUGGCUUUGGACUUUGAAAAAGAGAAGGCAGAAGCCAACUCUCCCUCCUACCCACAGAAGUGUCAGCUGCCUGACGGCCAGGAGAUAGACCUUGGGAAGGAGAGGUUUUUCUGCCCUGAAGCGCUUUUCCAGCCAGACCUCAUAGAGCGGAACGACCUGGGCAUCCACAUAAAGGCAUUCAAAUGCAUCGGCUCCUGCAACCCUGCCCUCUGGAAGAUCCUUUUUGGCCACAUCAUCCUGUCGGGAGGUACAGGCACCUGUUCUGGCCUGAGGUCCCGGCUGCAGAAAGAAGCAUCCGCCCUGGUCUCCCCGAAGAUUAGUGUGAAGGUGUCCACCUGUCCGUAUUCCGUGUAUGGUGCGUGGGUAGGUGGCUCCAUCCUGUGCUCACUCUCCACCUUCAAGGACAUGUGGGUCACCAGAGAGGAAUACAGCGAGAUGGGCUCCUCGGUCGUCGGGAGGAGAACCCUCUGA